GUCUCAGUCGACACUGCUAGCCUAUCUUGCGGGCAUGUCUCUCGCUCUCGUUCAACGUGCAUCCUCUCGAAAUGUAACACACUCGCACCGGCAAAUGACAGCCUGUAGGCGGCCCUACAGUUCAGAAAAUGCUGGAAGCAAGUCGCGGUCCGUCCAUGCGCAGUGGUAUGCUGAGAUGCUUCCGGGCAUGGUGCCUAUCGCUCUUUUAGGCUCUGUGGUAUACGUGGGUUUCCGCUUCCUGCAAGCAAGCCUAUCCCACGAGCGGUACUUGGACGAGACGCGUGCAAGGGUGCAAGAAUUAGAGAAGGAGGUGGUGAUGUUAAGAGAGCAACAGGUUCGCGGAGACGUGGAACCAAGUGUACCCCAAUCUGCGGGCGGGGAGAAGAGCAAACGUCGGGGCUGGUUCUAGUGAAAGAGCGACAUCUCACCGUUCGCCGUCUUGUCGGAGGUGUAAGCACUAUCGCACCCGUCCAUGUCAUUGAUUCCCUCCUCAGUAUCUUAUUUGCU